AGGUAUCGAAGUGUAACGGAGCCCUGGUCACAGCUGCGAUUUUUAGCUGAAAAAUUCUCGGGAUAGACGAUGGCCUCCGUUAACAAAUUGGCAAUUUUGAGCCGCACCCUCAGCUCCGCCGCCGCCUCAGCUCCGGUGAAGCCCCCAGUGCAGGUGUUCGGCUUGGAGGGUCGCUAUGCCACCGCCUUGUAUUCGGCCGCCUCGAAACUGAGCCAGUUGGACCAAGUGGAGAAGGACCUGACUGCUUUACAGGCCACAAUCAAGGGCGACAAGAAGCUGCGCGAGUAUGUGACCAGCCCGAUCAUCAACAAGAAGGUGAUGGCUACCGCCCUGAAGGAGGCUUCGGAGAAACUGCGUUUCGCCCCGGCUACCGCCAACCUACUGGGUCUGCUUGCUGACAACGGGCGCUUGAAGAAGCUCGACACCGUUAUUAAUGCCUACAGGACCAUCAUGGCCGCUCAUCGCGGUGAGGUAGUCUGCGAGGUCGUGUCUGCCAAGCCCCUGGAUGCCUCCCAGACCAAGCAGCUGGAGGGUGCCCUUAAGUCCUUCCUGAAGGCCAACCAGUCGCUGAAGAUUACCUCUCGUGUGGAUCCCAGCAUCAUUGGUGGCUUGAUCGUUUCCAUUGGCGACAAGUAUGUUGACAUGAGCAUUGCCAGCAAGGUGAAGCUGUACACCGAUGUCAUUCAGUCUGCCGCCUAGACCCGUAAGGAUUAGCUCUUGAUAUUUAGAUGCUUCAAACUAAAAGUUUGGAAUUGGAAUUCAAGCGGUAAUUGCGAAUAAACCACUCCUCACACCCUUAAAACAAACAACAAUUGAAA